AUGGCAUCCAGCUCCUCUGGAGAAUAUGCCGAGCGUGGGGCCGUGGUGGGCGUGCUUUCUUUGUGCAAUGGUUUCAGCGGAGACACCAGCGUGGUGUUUGUGCCAAUGUCGAAGAUGCUGCCCAAUUGGAUGUCAUCUGAAGGAGGGGCAGACAUCGACUUGAUCUCCUGGACUGACAGGUUGUGUUGGUCUGUGAUGUCGAGCUCAGGCACAUCAGCCACACACGGGGCCGACUCCAUGGUCGGCGAGCUGGGCAAGGCAAUCUUCGACAGACGUCUGGACUUGCGUGUGCUCGGACUGGACGAGAUCUCGAUGAUGCUGGGGAGGGAGCUGGACGCGUGUGCGGACGAUCGCACGAGCUUGGGUUGGCGUUUGGCCACGAGCCGGCGUGCGGAGGGACUGGAUGACGAGACGAACAGCCGCGGAGAGCGUCGCACGGGGGCAGGCGAGUCGGAGGAGUCCAGCACGAUGACCUCCAUGAUCUGUACAAAAAAAACAAUAACAGGAAGAAAAAUAAAAUAA